CAUCAUGACGAAAACAAACCAAGUUGACAACUACCUACGAAGAAUAUAAAUAUUGAUGAAGUUUAGUUAAAUUAUACAAAUGAAACAGCAUUUUUGCAAGUUAUAGAAACAUAAUCUCACGUAGUAAUAUUCAAAAUGUCAGCGGAGUACGAAGAAAUCAUAGCUGAAGAGGAAGAAGUCUCACAGAAUCCAUUGAAUUAUAUUGUUUUUUUCUUUGAGAAUUACGGAUGGUACCUGGUCAUUGCAUCAAUAGUUGUUGCCUAUAUCUACAGCAGAAUAAGUCCAUAUCUCGAAGAAUAUGAAAAGAAAAGAGAUAGAUAUGAGUAUGAGCAGAAUGUCUACAAAAAAACUGAUAAAUUGUCAAGUCUAAGAGUUGCCAGGGAAGAAGCACUGAAGAAAGUACAAGAACAGUACAACAUCGACGCCGAACGAUAUGUCCUGAAACAAAAAGAAAAAGAAGCUAAAAAGCGUGAGGAAUAUCUUGCAAGACAUGAUGGUAAAGGAGGUGGAAGUAAACUAGGAAAAUCAGAAUAUAAUCCACUUAUGGGCGAUUCAUCAGGAAGCACAUUCAAACCUAAAAAGAAAUCAGCUUGCUCAGGAGGUGGUUGUGGUAAAUAACAAAUUUAAAUCUGUGAACAAAAGUUUAAUACAAAAAAAAAUUCCAAGAAAAAUUAAUACAUUCUUAUUUAGUGUAUGAAGGGAAUAAUAAUUUAAUAAUUUCUAGAAAUGUUUUCGUGUACUUAACAAAUUGACAAAAGAUAUGUUUGAAGUGCACUUGUUAGAUUGACUAAUAUUUUGAUUAUUGAACAAUAAAUUAAAAUAUUAUGAAAUCAAAA